ACCAGAAAAGAAAGAAUAAGCCACUUUAUUAAAUCAUACAACAACAUAUAUAUAUAUAUAUAUAUAUAUAAUUUUCCACACAGAUAUAGCUAAAAGCAAAAAAAUACUGUAGCAGAAACAUCUUUAUCUUCAAUCUACUUUAUAGAAAGCACUUGAGAUAUGUCUUUUGAAAAAGGGGCUUUAAUAUAAAGAAAAUUGAGAAGGGGAUAGUGUUUGAGUGGCCAGAGAAAGAGAUAUAGCUUUGAAGAUACACAUUAUUCAACCUUCCUUCCUUCUUCUACAUCUUCAUCUUCUUAGUAUACAUACGAGAGCAAAAUGGAAUCUGAUGGAGUGUCGUUACCAUUGAUUCACAAGCAUCCUAUGAUGCCUUUCAAUGAUCUGAGGAGAGGUGAUUGUUGUCGACUCUUUAAAUCUGAGAGUGAUGGCUACUACUGCGAACUCUGUGAUAUUUUCGUGCACAAGAAAUGUGGCGACCUCCCUGGAUAUAUCAACCACCCAUCUCACCCCAAUCACACUCUACGGCUUCAAGAAAAACCAGGUCACACAUGUGCUUUAUGUGAAGGAAGAAUCUGGAAUCUAUGCUAUAGUUGUGAGAUGUGUGACUUUGUUGUGGAUCUACACUGUGCUAAGUACCCACCACCAGAUGUUAUUGCCAAUUUAGAGACGCAUCCCCACAAGCUCACACUUGUUAAGGAAGAAACCUGCAGGUUCAAAUGUUGUGCUAAAUGCGGGAAGUAUGGUGAUGGAUUUACUUACAAAUGCGAUGAGUGUGAUGUAGCCUUCCAUGUGGAAUGUGCAUGGCACCCAGCACCACUAGAUCACCCAACAGAGGUAAACCACUCUUACCACUCCUUGCAUCCUCUUAAGCUCCACACGGGUUCACCACCGGACUAUUCUGAUAGAAUGUGUCGUCUUUGCGGAAGAUGGAUUCAAGAAGAAUUAUUUUAUCAUUGCUCAUCUUGUAACUUCACUUUGGAUAUGCGUUGUGUUCUGAACCCGCCACCAAAAUCUCUUGUGGAUUUGAAAGCUCAUGAUCACCAACUCACCCUUCUUCCACGACUCGAUUCUUUCACAUGUAAUGCUUGCGGCCUCAAAGGAGUUCGAAGCCCUUACGCAUGCUUUAUCUGUGGUUUCAUGAUCCAUCAAGAUUGUCUUUCCCUUCCACGUGUCAUUAACAUAAAUCGCCAUGAUCACCGUGUUUCUCGUGCUUCUGUUCUUGGUGACGGUGCUAUGAAUUCUGUGUGCGGAGUGUGUCUGUUACGUAUGCUCAUACAGCUGUACACGGAUGCUAUCUUAUCCAUGUGAAUAUUUCUUUAUGCAUAAUAAACACAUCACGUGAGGAGGCACGUGGGGAGGAAGGCUUCACGCAGAGUGUGUGACUGAAGAGGGACCUUUACUAUUUAAGCAGUGAGAGGGGAGAGAGUUAGGGUUAUCUAGAGAUUAGAUCACAAGAGGGGGAGGUGAGAGACUCCAUUAAUAAUUCUCUCAAGGUUGAAUACAGUUCUUAUCAUCAAUCUACGUUUGUUUCCUUUGUUUUGUUA